AAUAAACUUGGAGUUCAUAAACGUCCGUCCCAAAUAUCCGUAUGGUUUGGACGCCGUCGCGCUUGGGGUACGAUCCCACCGAUUAAAGAUGUUGAUGCAUUCGAGCAGUCGUUCAAAGAAUGGUGGAGUGGAAUGCAGCCAAUGUGGAGGAUACCGCGUGGUAAAUUUUGGCCAUUAAAACGCCGAAACGAAGAGGGUGAACGCUGGGCGAGCUUGAUGAAAGGUGGGCCAAACGGUUUUGUGCUUGUGUUGAUCUCGCUGGUGUGGUGGUCCAAG